AGAAACGUCACAAGCCGGUGAGCGAGUGCCCGCUAAAGCGUCGACUCGAAUCACGUGACGCCCCGGGGCAUAUCGGUGAGGGGAGGAGUGGGCAGUCAGUGGGGGAGGAGAUUGAGGCAGUGGAUUGAAAUAAAUAAAUGAAUAAAACGAUAAGGGGCGAGGGAUAGAAAGGAAAGAAGCAAGAGGCUGCCGUUCUCAUUGGGAUCCCCCCGCCCCGCAUGAGCUAUCUCAGUGCACGCUCCUCCCAGUGCAGUGACAUUGCCAGCCGGCUCCCAGAGGAGUUCCCUUUCUUGGCUGACUGUUCUUAGCAUGGGUGCGGGGGUGAGUUGGGUGUUGAGUGUGUGAGGCGCAAGAGUGAGCGCACACUGACAGCCGCACGCUUUUUGCACAGGCAGCAGCACUCGGCCAUUCUCAUGCACGGAUUGUAAUCUGCAUCUCGCCGCUGCUCGGAAGCCUCCUUAGUCCCGCUCUGGAGAGAAACCGCUGGGAUUGUACCGAUUCUCCCUUUUGGUUCCACUCAAAUCCCUCAUCACCGGGGCUCCCCUCCUCCUCCUCAGGUUUAUCACCACUCCCCUUUCGCCCCCGUCGCUCCCGGUCACUGCCACCGACAACUGCCGCUUGCAUGUGAAGCAACCAGGGGCCGGGGAGGGAGAGACCAUGUUGUGAGGGGAGCCAGUCCUGCUUCUGCGUCUGCACCGCCCAAUUUACUCAGAGUGUACAAAGUCCAUGAAAUGACGCCCUGGAGAAAUAUGGAGCUGAACUCAAGGCAUAUCUAUGGAAAUCUACUUUGAGCUUUUUUUUAUCUCCUUAACAUGAACUCAACAUAGAAUUUGAUUUUUGUUUUUUCAUUAUUUGGGGAAAAAAACAAGCCCCCACUGGAAUUUCCAGCAGCUGCAUUUGCUUGCCUGUACAAAAGGAUUUACUGCAAUCAAUAUGGCUAAUAAUUCAGUCGCAUAUAGCGGUGUUAAAAACUCUCUAAAUGACGCAAACCAUGGGGGGGAGUUUGGCAUCACACUUGAAGAGCUUCGUAUACUUAUGGAGUUGAGAUCUACAGAUGCUUUACACAAAAUACAGGAGCGCUAUGCUGAUGUGUAUGGAAUUUGUUCUAGGUUGAAAACUUCUCCACAUGAAGGUUUAAGCGGGAAUCCAGCUGACCUUGAAAGGAGGCAAGAAGCAUUUGGGAAGAAUACUAUACCUCCUAAAAAGCCAAAAACAUUUCUUCAGUUAGUAUGGGAAGCACUACAAGAUGUAACAUUAAUUAUUUUAGAAAUAGCAGCCAUAAUAUCUUUAGGCCUUUCUUUUUACCGACCUCCUGGUGGAGACCAUGAAUUGUGUGGUCAAUCUAGUGGUGCUGUGGAAGAAGAAGAAGGGGAAGCAGGCUGGAUCGAAGGAGGUGCUAUCCUUGUAUCUGUUGUAUGUGUAGUCUUAGUAACCGCUUUCAAUGACUGGAGCAAAGAAAAACAGUUUAGGGGCUUGCAGAACCGAAUCGAACAAGAGCAGAAAUUUACAGUUGUUCGUGGAGGGCAAGUUAUUCAAAUCCCCGUGGCUGACAUAGUUGUUGGAGAUAUUGCACAAAUUAAAUACGGUGAUCUUCUGCCUGCUGAUGGAGUGCUCAUUCAAGGAAAUGAUCUAAAAAUUGAUGAAAGUUCAUUAACUGGAGAAUCUGAUCAUGUAAAGAAAACGCUGGAAAAAGAUCCUUUGCUGCUCUCAGGAACACAUGUUAUGGAGGGGUCUGGAAAAAUGGUGGUCACUGCCAUUGGUGUGAACUCCCAAACUGGAAUCAUAUUUACUUUACUUGGAGCUGGAGAAAAUGAAGAAGAGAAAGAAAAAGAAAAAAAGGAAAAGAAAAACAAAAAGCAAGAUGGUGCCGUAGAAAAUCGAAACAAAGCAAAAGCUCAAGAUGGAGCUGCCAUGGAAAUGCAACCACUAAAGAGUGAAGAGGGAGCUGAUGGGGAUGAUAAAAAGAAAGCAAAUAUGCCAAAAAAAGAGAAAUCUGUCCUUCAAGGGAAACUUACCAAGCUGGCUGUUCAGAUUGGCAAAGCAGGUCUUGUGAUGUCUGCGAUUACAGUCAUAAUCCUUGUUUUGUACUUUGUAAUUGACACGUUUUGGGUGCAAAAUCGACCAUGGCUGGCUGAAUGCACUCCUAUUUAUGUUCAAUAUUUUGUGAAGUUUUUCAUCAUUGGUGUAACUGUUUUGGUAGUAGCUGUUCCAGAAGGUCUUCCACUUGCAGUCACAAUUUCCCUGGCUUACUCUGUGAAGAAAAUGAUGAAAGAUAAUAACUUAGUAAGGCACCUUGAUGCAUGUGAAACAAUGGGAAAUGCCACUGCAAUUUGUUCGGAUAAAACUGGAACACUAACCACGAACAGGAUGACAGUAGUCCAAUCUUUCCUCAAUGAAAAGCAUUACCGCAAGAUUCCUGAUGCAGAGUGUAUUUCGGAAAAUGUGCUGGAUCUCCUUAUAACAGGAAUUUCUGUGAAUUGUGCUUAUACAUCGAAAAUAUUGCCUCCUGAAAAAGAAGGUGGCUUGCCACGCCAUGUUGGUAACAAAACUGAAUGUGCCUUGCUGGGAUUUGUUUUGGAUCUGAAAAGGGAUUACCAGGAUAUAAGAAAUGAAAUCCCUGAGGAAACCUUAUUUAAAGUGUACACUUUUAAUUCCGUAAGAAAAUCCAUGAGCACCGUUUUGAAGAAUGCUGAUGGCAGCUACCGGAUGUACAGCAAGGGUGCCUCUGAGAUUGUCCUUAAAAAGUGCUUCAAAAUACUAGGUAUAAAUGGUGAGGCCAAAAUAUUCAGACCAAGAGACCGAGAUGAUAUGGUUAAACAGGUUAUUGAGCCUAUGGCUUCAGAAGGGCUGCGGACAAUAUGUCUGGCGUAUCGGGAUUUUCCUGCUGGAGAGCAAGAGCCUGACUGGGAAACUGAAAAUGAUAUUCUUACUGGUCUCACCUGUAUUGCCGUUGUUGGAAUAGAAGAUCCAGUCAGACCAGAAGUGCCAGAUGCAAUUCGAAAAUGUCAGCGUGCUGGUAUAACUGUACGAAUGGUUACAGGGGAUAACAUAAAUACAGCCCGUGCAAUUGCAACAAAGUGUGGCAUUCUGCAUCCCGGAGAAGAUUUCCUUUGUGUAGAAGGCAAAGAAUUUAACAGGCGAAUACGAAACGAAAAAGGAGAGAUCGAACAAGAACGAAUAGACAAAAUUUGGCCUAAACUUCGUGUUCUUGCUAGAUCUUCUCCUACUGAUAAACAUACACUGGUUAAAGGUAUCAUCGACAGUACAGUUUGUGAGCAGAGGCAAGUAGUAGCUGUGACUGGUGAUGGGACAAAUGAUGGUCCUGCACUGAAGAAAGCAGAUGUUGGCUUUGCUAUGGGUAUUGCUGGAACAGAUGUUGCAAAAGAAGCGUCUGAUAUUAUUCUAACGGACGACAACUUUUCUAGCAUUGUGAAAGCAGUGAUGUGGGGAAGAAAUGUCUAUGACAGUAUCUCAAAAUUUCUUCAGUUUCAGCUUACUGUUAAUGUGGUUGCUGUCAUUGUCGCUUUUACAGGAGCCUGCAUUACACAGGACUCUCCUCUUAAAGCUGUUCAAAUGCUUUGGGUAAAUCUGAUUAUGGAUACAUUAGCAUCUCUUGCUCUGGCGACAGAGCCGCCAACGGAGUCUCUCUUAUUAAGGAAACCCUAUGGUAGAAAUAAACCUCUAAUUUCUCGCACAAUGAUGAAAAAUAUAUUGGGCCAUGCAGUCUACCAGUUAGUCGUAGUUUUUACCCUUUUGUUUGCUGGUGAAAAAAUUUUUGACAUUGACAGUGGAAGAAAUGCACCUCUUCACGCUCCUCCUUCACAGCAUUAUACCAUCGUUUUUAAUACCUUUGUUAUGAUGCAGCUGUUUAAUGAGAUAAAUGCCAGAAAGAUUCAUGGUGAAAGGAAUGUUUUUGAAGGGAUAUAUAAUAAUAUCAUCUUCUGCAGCAUUGUGAUAGGUACUUUCAUUAUACAGAUUGUAAUUGUUCAGUUUGGUGGAAAGCCUUUUAGUUGUACCGAACUUACAGUAGAUCAAUGGUUAUGGACUAUUUUCCUAGGAAUGGGAACAUUACUUUGGGGACAGCUGGUUACGACAAUUCCAACCAGUCGGUUAAAGUUCCUUAAAGAAGCAGGCCACGGAACACAAAAGGAUGACAUUCCUGAAGAGGAAUUUGCUGAAGAUGCGGAGGAGAUUGAUCAUGCAGAGAGAGAGUUACGCCGUGGUCAGAUCUUGUGGUUUAGGGGCCUAAACAGAAUUCAGACUCAGAUGGAUGUAGUGAAUGCUUUCCAGAGUGGAAGUUCCAUUCAGGGGGCUUUAAGGCGGCAACCCUCCAUCGCCAGCCAGCAUCAUGAUAUUCGAGUGGUGAAUGCAUUUCGUAGUUCGCUGUAUGAAGGUUUGGAAAAGCCGGAGUCAAGAAGCUCAAUCCACAAUUUCAUGACUCACCCAGAUUUUAGAAUAGAAGAUUCCGAGCCUCAUAUUCCACUCAUUGAUGAUACAGAUGCUGAAGACGAUGCUCCAACAAAACGACACUCUACUCCUCCGCCCUCUCCCAAUAAAAAUAACAAUGCUCUUGACAGUGGAAUACACCUUAUUAUAGAACCGAACAAAUCAGCUACCUCUUCAGCUCCAGGCAGUCCACUACAUAGUCUGGAGACAUCACUCUGAUUGUAAGACGAAUGUUGAUAUUCUAGCUGAUUUGCAAAUAAACAAAAUGAAACUGGGUCCUUUCACACAUUGUGGGGUGCAGGAGAGAACUCCUGCUUUGGACUUCAAAUGAAGACACACUUGUAUGAAUGUAGAUUUAUUUUUUUAAAAAAUGCAUUCUGCCAGACUGAGGGUGCUUUUCUUGGGAGGGAAAAGGGAUGGGAUAUGGGGUGGACACAGAUAAAACUUAAAAAAAAAAAAAAAAAAAGUGACCUGCAGAACAUCCGUUAUAUAUACCGAUGGUUGGCCUGGACAGUGUGUUAGCAACAUUCUAGAUUAUAUUGGUCCCCAUUCUCCCCCCCCCAUUUUUUUUUUUUUUUGGGCCCUGGGUCGUUGAUUUGAUUAUUUAUGUUAUAAAUGAUACAGAUCUGUUUACAAGGUUUAUAGAUAUUUUUUGUUCCUGUUUAUUGAAGGGAAGCUUCUUUAUGUAUGAAGAAAGAAAGGAAAUAAAAUCCCCUUAAACACUGCUGUAUUUUGACAAAAAAAAGGGGCUGUUUCUAUUGAAAAUGUUCAACAUGUUUUGCCUGCGAUUUCCUUGUUAAAUAUUGUAGAUAACGUUACUAAGACUGAUAGCCAAAUAGAGAACACUAAUGCUUUGCACAAGUUAAGCAGCGGUGUUCUGAUGAAAAUCACGGCCUCUCUCCCUUAGUUUCUCUAAAACGUAAAUUUACUACUUAAUGGUUUUCAAAUGACAGGUUUUUUUUUAUGUUAAGGAAAUGAUAACUCUGUUUUGAAGCUCAAAAGAAUAUUGUGUUAUGCAGGACAUUAAUGUGUGACGGAUCUUGCUUGAUAUCCUUUUGCUAUCUCCGUCAAAAUAUAUAAAAUCAAAGUUCAUCAAAAAAUGUUGUCCCUUUUUUUGUUUGUCUGAACAUGUUAGUUUUAGAUUUGUCUUGGUGAACUGUGAGUGGAACCGUGUUGAUUUUCUAAUAAACCCUUAGGUGACCAACAUACAGCAUGAGGGCUGUUGGCAUUUUGAAAACAAAAGUUACUACUAGAAUGUAGUACAGUUAUACAUGUUUUUGAAACUUGUUUGUAAACACAAUAAACAUGCCCUUUUACUAAA